AUGACGAAAGAUGUGCUCUGCGCGUUGCGACACAUCCAUGAGGUCGGAAUCCAUCAUCGCGUCAGGCCCGACAACAUUUUCAUUUUGAAUAACCGAUACGUGGUUUCAAACCUCUUCUCUUCAGGAAAUUUAUUGAAUAAUUCGUUUUCCAGCUUGGCGGAUUGGAACUUUUCACUCCCGGCCCAACAUGCUCCUUGAAACAUAUCAUCGGCCCCGUCGAAUAUUCGGCUCGAGACUUUUAUAAUGAAAGUCAUGAUUGUAAGGUGAACGAUUAGUGUGGGAACAUUUUUUUAUAAAAAUGAAUGUAUGAAAAAAAGUUCUUAUGAGUUUUGAAGACCACUUUUUUUUCCUAAAAAAAAAGGUGAAAGUGAUUAUAUUUUGAACUAAUAAUGCGAAUCUCCUGUUUUUGCUGCCUUAUUCAUCAAAAUCUCUCUUUCCUGAAGAGAAAAAAGAGUUGGAAUCGCAUGUCUGAACGUUUACAGCUUUUAAGUAAGUUUGAAAAUUUGAAAACUUGAAAAUUUCUACUUCAAAAAAACCUGAAACGUUUUUUUUUCUUGAACUCAUUUCCGAUUUCUCAUUAAAAAUCUGCAAAACGCAAUCUUCGAUUUUGAAGACCUGUUUUGUACAGUAUUUUUUAGGUAGACGUUUUCGCCCUGGGAAUCAUUCUUGUCAAACUUCUGAACCACGACGAAUUCGCUGGUAGGAAUCAGAAUAAUGUAAUGAAUGAAGUUUACUCAAAGAAAAGUGAAUAAGAUUUUUCAGCUUCUCGAAAAUUUGACUCCAAUUCAAAGCUCGUUCGUUGGAGGUUUGGUCCAUCCUGAUCCAGUUAUGAGGUUUUGAAAAGUUUUUCAUUUUUUAAGGAAAAAAUAGAUUUCAUUUUCCAGGUUCACAGCAAAGGGCGCCAUUGAACACCCGUAUUUAGAGUGCUUGAAAAGGUACUUAAAAAAAUUAGAUGAAUUAUUUUUUUUUUGGAAGCUUUUUAUGGUGUUUUUAAGAUCGUUGAAAAGAUCUUUUUUUUAAACUGCUUUGAACUUUUCAGAGCAAUUUCAAAGAUUAGGACUUCUAACAAAAAAAUAUUUUUUUGAACCGAUUCGAAAAAUCAUGUAUACUCUAUUCUCAAAUUUUUCCUCGUGAAAUAGAUUUUAAACUUCUAAAAAAAUGAAAUCGUUUGAUUCAAAAAAACGUGAUUUCAGCGAUCUGAAUGAACCUUCCUCUCAGUGGAUGACGACCCGAGGCGAUGUUUUGAAAUCUGGGAGACUUGAGGUUUGAAAUAAAUUUGGCAAAUGCACAGUUUAAUCUCAUGUAAAACACACAGAAGGAUGAGAUUAACGGUAGAAAAACUUUGAUAGGAAUUUGAAGGAACGUAUAAAAUUUUUAUGGGUUUCGAGAUGAUAUUCCGUCUUUUGGUUCGUUUUCAUGCUAUUUAAGACUUCCUCACGUUUGAAAGUUAAGUAAGGGCUUAGGCUUAGGCUUAAAAAAGUCACAGUGUUGUUUCAAAAAGUUUGAAAAGUUUUCCAGAGGCCCGAGGAGAGACUUCUUUUGAAAAAAAAACUGGAAUUUUCGGGUUUUCAGGAAAUCAUAGUCGUCUAUGAGAAAGACGACACAGUCAGAUCAUUUUUGGAGCGAUAUCGGAAAAUUCAAGCCGUUGAUAAUGAUUCCAUGUUGAUGUGAGAUCUCUUAAGAAAUUCUGUUUUGAUAAAUAAUAUUUUCAAGUGCCCUAUCGACGAAAAAAGACGCUGAUCAUCACAUUUUCAUGGAUCUUGACAGGAAGUUCGGCGAAUAUCUCAGUUCGGACAGGGUUUUGAUCUCUUUUCUUGAAAAAAGGAAAAAUCGAAUCUAAAAUCAAUUAUUAAGACUGUUUUCCUGCAAAUAAUGCACAAUAAUGAGUUGGAACCGACGCCGUCGCAUUUUAUAUCAUCUUUCGAUUCGCUGCAUUUGACCUUCGUCAAGGUCAACGGCUGGCGGCAUUUCCGGAGAUUUGUAAGGGUGAGUUUGAAAGAUUCGAUUCUAAUUGAGAAAAAUUCAAUAAAAAUAUUGUUGAAGGUUUGUAGAAACGAUAUUUUUUUUCUUGAGCUGUGAAGUUUGAGAAUAAAAGAAAAUAUUUUCCACUUUUUUUUCCGCAAAAUUAGCCUCUAGUCACUUAGUUUAUAUAACUUUUCUCCAGUUUUAACGACGUAAAACGGGAUAGAGACUUUUUCGGCCUCUUACUCACUAUUACUCCGAUUUUUUUUAAACUUUUGAGCUUCUUAAGAAGUAUCUUUUUGAAAAAAAUAUUUGCAAAAAGAUUUUUAAAGGUCAAUGUCAUAAAAACUCAUUUUAAUUUUGAGACUCUCCAAAAUUUAGUUAUCUUUUUUUUUCUUCAAAGGCGUUUCUUUGCAUUUUGCGUCACUUUGAACACAGCAUUAAACCAUUGAAAUAAGACGGACAACGACGUCGACGUCGACGAGUUGGCUCGACUGGCGGCGAAAGAUUCGCCGAUGGAAACCGAAAAUGGAUUUCCAGUCUUGAUUUCAAGUCUCAAAGCGACUUGCUUCGAAUUUCCGUCCAAUAUUCGUAACAACCUCCGAAUAUUUAUUCAUUUCAUUCAUAUUUAUACAGACAUUUCCUACAUGGAGCUGUUCAUCGGCCAGCAAGAUCCCGACAAAAUUCCCUCACGAUGA